AGGUUUUGGCAUUUAGAAAUAUAGAAAGAAGCAGUGAUGAAAAUUUAGUAGAAGAUUUGUGAUUUAGCCAUGAUUUUCGGUUUAUUAGCAUCCUCGUGUUGUGUCUACAUAUGUGUGAUACUGGAGAGAGAGUUCCUGCAUUGUCUCCUGAAAGCAAGCCAUGAAUCACGACCACUCGCUUCAACCAAAAACAUUGGCAAAGAAUUGGCGACAAUUGAUGAUAAUCAACAAAAAACAAUAACGAGAAGGAAAAAUCGCGUGCUCCAAGAUGAGAAUGUACCUGGUAAGAAAUGGUAAGAAGCUAAAGAAAAGGAAAAAGAUAAUAACAUAAUAAUAAUAAUAGUUAACGUACAUACAUACAUAUAAGCUUGGAUCGACAUGACAAUAGCCUUCACCCAAUGUUCAGAAAAGCUAGGGUACCUCAUUCUUCAGUUAGCCAAAAAUUUCAUCGUGUAUAUGGCCAUGGUGCUUGCAUGCAACGGUUUACAUUUCCUUCUAAAGCCCUAUUCACAACCUCGCAUUACUUCUGACAUUGUUGUAGGACUAGUAUUGGGGAACAUACCUUUUUUACGAAAACUAUUCGAUGAAUUCAACAGAGCCUUUGGAUUUAUCAUAGAUUUUGGGAUGAUGUGUUACAUGUUUGCUUUGGGUAUAGAGAUGGAUCCCUACGUGCUGUUCAAACGCCCCAACAAAGAUGCUCUCGUUGCAUACUGCGCAAUAUUCUCCACCUUCGCCAUUUCCAUCACAACGAUCCCAUUUCUCCAUUUCUUCUCACGCUACACCGGCAUAGCAUUCACCAUCUCCAUCUCUGCUCUUCUGGCGAGUUCAGCAUCUCCGGUUCUCACGCGCCUCAUAACAAAUCUGAAAAUAGGAAAAUCAGACAUCGGAAAGCUUGUGAUAGCAGCGGGAAUGCACUCCGAUUUAAUCUGCUUGUUGGUUUUCUCACUCUGCUACAUUUUCAUGCCGACCGAUUCAUACUGCAUCGGCCACCACCGUGACAGGACGCUGAAGAGCGACGUCAAAGCCAUAAUUGCGGUGGUGGUGCAGACGUCGUUCACGGCGGUGGUUUCGCCGGUUUUCUUGGCGUGGGUGAACAAUGAGAACCCUGAAGGCAGACCCAUGAAAGGGUCGCAUCUGGUAUUGUCGGUUGCCUUCAUGGCCUUGAUUUGUGCCCCCUCGACUCUAUACGACUUUAGUCCGGUUCUAAGUGCGUUUAUGACAGGGAUUUGUCUUCCCCGUGAUGGAAGAGUUUCCAAAUGGAUUAUCAGCAAAAUCAACUACAUCUUGUCCACCAUCUUCUUCCCCAUCUUCUUCUUGUGGAUGGGAAAUGCAGCUGAUGUCACCAAAUUCAGACCCGGAGACCCUUUUACUUGGUUAAGGUUUUUUCUUCCCCUUCUCAUAGUCGUCUCCGGUAAAGUAAUCGGCACACUCAUUUCUGGGGCAAUCCUUGGCUUUAACUGGCGCGAAUCUGUUUUGAUCGGAAUGCUCCUCGUCACCAAGGGCCAUUUUCAAAUCUACAUGGCAAUCAAAGUGGCAAGUAUUUUCCUAAUUACCGAUUACUUCCAUCUUUAUCAACCUGAGAAUUUAAAUCGGAAAUGCGUAGGAAGCGGUUCACUCUUCGCCAGAGUAGUGUCGCAUAAAAAGCUGCUCCCCUUCGAUAUAAGCGGAGUUCCGGAGUACAGGCCCCAGGUCUUUCCUUUCCUGUAUGGCAGGAAGUCCCUCCAGCAUCGUGACAUGAUUACCAUUCUCUUGUAUUACCAGCUGACCUGUCACCCCAGCACCGAUAGUGCCGACUCGGGCCUUCUGUCGGUGGCAGCAAUAUUUUUCGCAGUGGUGCAUUCCCCUGUGAUUGUGGCACAGAUCAUCAGACGUGCGAGGAAAAGGGCACCUACUCACACCAACGCCCUCCAAUUGCUGAAGCCAUCAAGUGAGUUAAGAAUAUUCCUAUGCCUUCACGGACUUGAUAGUGUUCCUGCUUCCAUCAACUUCAUGGAGAUCUCGAGAGGGAUAUCAGACCCUGGAUUAGUAAUAUAUGUCGCAGAAAUUAUUGAGUUAACUGAACAUAUAGCAUCAACAAUGGAGAGUGGUGAAGGAGUACAGAGUAAUACUAUAAAAGACAAGGCCGUGAUAGAGAUGAGAGAACAAAUAACGAACAUGUUUCAGGCCUAUAUAGAUACUGAUGGAGAUGGUAUUACUCUCAAAAGAGCGAUGGCACUGUCAACAAUCAAUAACAUGGCGCAGAACAUCUGCGUUUUAGCAGAGAACUUGAUGGCUGCACUCAUUAUACUUCCAUUCCACAGGAACCAGCGUCAGGACGGAAAAUUCGAUACUGGAAAUCCAGGCUUCAGAUAUGUGAACCGAAAGUUAUUAAAGAACUCUCCUUGUUCGGUGGGAAUUCUGGUGAACAGAGGUUUUGGGUCAAUUGGGAAAAUAUCAAGGACUGAGCCAUCGGUUAAAGUAGCAGCAAUAUUCAUUGGCGGAAGAGAUGAUAGAGAAGCACUUUGCUAUGUGGGUCGUGUGGCAUGGCAUAAGGGAGUGCACGUGACAGUGAUAAGAUUCCUGGUAGAUACCAGUGCAGAAUCUUCAAGACUUGCAGCUUAUAGGGUGACCCUCCCAGAGCAGGAGCAGGAGAUGGGAUUGGAUGAUGAAUGUUUUGCACAGUUCUAUGAACAGCAUAUAGUUGGAGGUCGCAUUUCUUAUUUGGAGAAGCAUCUUGCAAAUGCAUCAGAGACCUUCUCUACUCUUAGAUCCUUUGAAGGGGAAUACUCACUGGUGAUUGUAGGAAGAGAAGGUGGAGCAAACUCCAUAUUGACAAAGGGUAUGAAUGAUUGGCAACAGUGUCCAGAACUGGGACCAAUAGGGGACGUUCUUUCAGGACCAGAUUUUUCAAAGUCAGUGUCUGUGUUGAUAAUUCAACAACACAAACUUAGAGGAGAACUAGCUGGGCUUGACGAGGACUUCACUAUCAUGUAGUACAUGUAAAUGGAUAGGUAGUGUAGGAAUAGAUACAAACUGUAGCAGAGAAACAGAGAAUUGCUAGAACCACUGUGAAAAUUGAAUAGAUAAAUGUACAAUUUGAUAGAUUUACUCAGAAUGUUGUAAUCAAU